GCUGAGCAGGCGGAGGCGCCCUGGGCCGCUCUGGCCGUGAGGAGCCUUUCCCUUCGUGCCUCCGACUGGUUUCUUGUUUGCAGAUACUUUGGUGGUUUUUAAUUUUUUUCCGUUCAAAUGGGAAGCAACAGCCCCUUUGAUGUCAGAUGCUUCCAGUUCCUGUUUCCUAGGUCUGUCACUCUGCUGCCUUUUUUCUACAUUCCUGACUUAUAAUGGAUUCCUUCAGGCUUAGGGGAUGCCAGCGUUUGUUGAGGGCCUUUGGCAGGUAGCACAGACAGUCCAGGGGACCAGAGACAGAGGCCCUUCCCUCGUGGCCUUGAGUCUGACAACAGUCGCCUCCUGCCGGCGGCCAGCAUGAGCCCAAAGGAAAGACCCUGCGCGUCUUCGACUCUUACUUUGAAGCAUCUUUUACUCUUAAUGGAUUUUUCCUUUUGCUUUUCCAAGUGUUAUGUACUGUUGCAAAGAGGACCAAGAGCCCCAGGCUGGAGGGGCUGCGAGAGGGGCCCAGUUUAGAACAGCCCAUGGCUUUUGAUAGUGACGCCUUGAUGCUUUGGUUGCUGUCCUGGAGGCCAGUGGCCUUCCCAGGUGUGUGUUUCUUGGCCCAGAAUGAGCCCAAAUAUUCCCUGCAGGACAGUCACACCAUUGUCUACCCCGUUAGCGUGGAGAGGAAGCUGAGCUGGGGUGGGGUACACUAGCCACAGGAGGUCUCAGGGUCGUGGAUGCACGUGCCCCGUGGACUGCACCCCAAACAGUGCCUUGAGGGGGGAUGCAGAGUGAGCCCAGGAGGCCCCUGUCCAAGAGGAGGACGUCUGUGGCAGUCCACCUGGACUCGGGCCUCAGAUGUCUCCUCUCAGACGAAGAGUUCUCCUUUGAGGAGCGUGGCUCUGGGGCAGAAAUGGUUUAGGAGAUCUGGGUGAACCCUUCAACCAUGUUUAGUCUUAGAUUCCUCGUCUGUCCAAGUGGGUGAUGGCCCCGGUGUCCUAGGUCACCUGAGAAUUGUCAGGGUCAGAUUAGAGCCACUGGGACACACAGGUUGUCCUUUCAGGGUCAGGACAGCCUUUCCCUUCCAUCUUGAUCUGCAGCCCUCCCUGCAGUUAGAAUCCCCCUCUGCAGUUUGCAGCAAGGUAAGGCUUCCUACUGGCCUGCGGCCACUGCGGGAGUUCAGGCAGUAGUAUCAGGCCUCGUGGAGAAGUCCCGAGGGAAGUGUUCUUGUGCCUUUUAAACGCACCACUUUGGGUGCUGCCUGUAAAUCAGCCUGGGUGUGGAUGGUUCUGAGACUGGAGCAUUGGGUACCCAGUUACCCUGAUGACUGCUGCCUUGCCUGGCACCAUGAGAGGCAGCAGUGGUCGGGUCUGCACCCAGGGUGAGUAUGCUCCUGGGUGUCCAGCAGUGUCACCUUGUUUCCCCUUUGACCCUGCACACUCCUUCUGAAGUUCUGAACAGAACUAGGUAGGGGCUGAUGGGGCCAAGAUAAGUGUGUAAGGCAGUGCAGCCAAGCUCACUGGGUUCGCCAGCAUGACACCACCCUGUGGUGUGCUCCCUGUGCUGUGGGUGCUCCCUGUCUGCUGUGGCACCCCCUGCCCUUGCUGGGGCCCCAGGUCAGAGGAGGGUGGGCUGAAGUUCUGAGGAUGUGGUGCCAGUGUAGCUGAUCAGAGCUUAACGCACAGCUGCAAGAGCAGCCCUGAGAGGUGGGAAGCCCUGGGCUAACGCUUUUUUCAGUUCCUACGCCCGUGUUUUAUAUGGUAAAUGCCGUGUGUUUGUGCAGGUGUUCCAGUAGAAACACAAACCAUAUUCACAAGGCACAGGCUCCCUCCGCUCCCCGCCCCCCGCCCUUGUUUUAGUUCAGAGCGCUGUGUGCUCGGCUCUGGGUUAGGCCUGGCUUGCAAUAGGAAGCUUUGCGUUGAAACACGUGAUAAGAGGUGCGUGGGUACCACUGCUGGCAGGGUCCCAGAAUUCUGGGCCUAGAUUUUUCCUCGUUUGUAAAGCAAUGAAGUGUUUGGGCUCCUGAGGACUGUGAAAGGGGCAGCCUGGCCCCUAGUCGGUGCUCAAUAAACAUGUCGGCAUUAACGCGUGGCUUGCACAGUGCGUGAGCUGCGGUGCGGGGCUGUCGGGGCGCUGCGGGGGCGCUGGGGCUCGGCUGGCUGGAGAGAAGCGCCUGGUCCCCGCACCUGCCGGGCUCCAAAGCCAGCCAAUGGGACGCCUGUUUCGGGCCGCAGGGACCAGCUGAGCGCGGGGCAGGGGCAGGGCUUUCCAGGGCGGCCAAUGGGGACCCGAGUCCGGGCUGCCUGCUGCCGAGCGCUGUGGCUCAGCGCGCCCGCCAGGGGUGGGUCUCGGCUGUCUCUGCACUCCCUGAGCACCCAGCCCAGUCGGUGUGCAGAAGGGUGGGCCGAGGCCUCCCGCAGAGAGGACCACGCGGCGGCGCCUGCAACUCCCGAGGCCGGCGGACAGUGCUGGGGCCAUGGCCGAGGCGGCUCCGGCUCCGGACUGGCAUUUGGGAACUGACUUCCAGCGAGAGGCCCGGGUCCAGUGCACAGAGAUUUCCCUUCUGGCUGUCUUGGCUGCUGUUCAGGCCGUAGAGAAGAAGAUGGAGUCCCAGGCUGCCCGGCUGCAGAGUCUGGAGGGGCGCGCAGGCACAGCCGAGAAGAAGCUGGCCGACUGCGAGAAGACGGCCGUGGAGUUCGGCAGCCAGCUGGAGGGCAAGUGGGCCGUGCUGGGCACCCUGCUGCAGGAGUACGGGCUGCUGCAGCGGCGCCUGGAGAACGUGGAGAACCUGCUGCGCAACAGGAACUUCUGGGUGCUGCGGCUGCCCCCGGGCAGCAAGGGGGAGGCCCCCAAGGCGCCCCUGACUUCCGAAGAGGUGGCCGCCGAGUGCUCGGAGCAGCAGCGGGGCGGCACGGCAGCGUGGCAGGAGGCGCUCGGCCGGCACGUGGUGCCGGGGAACCCGGACCCGGCCACCAGCAAGCUGCUGCUCCUGAGCCCGCUGGACGGUGGAGACGAGGCAGGCGGCCGCAGCCUGCCCAGGGCAGAGGGAUGUGUGCGGCCUGGCACUGAAGCAGGCCUGCUGGAGUCUGCACCAGGACUUCUGCCCUGGAUCAAACAAGAGGAAGAGGCACACGGGAGGAAGCCGCAGGUUCCGCAGGGGAUGGCUACUGCGCACCUGUGCUCAGAGACCUGGCUGCUCAGCAGAGAGAAGAGGAGCCUGGAGGAGGAGCCCCAGGGGCCAGGGCCAGCCUGGGCAGCUGAGGGGGCGCCUGGCAAGGAGCGCUCUGCGGGGCUCACCUGUGGGAAUCUGCUUCCUGCCCCCAGCAAGAGGGAGGUGGCCUCCCUGCCUCCAGGUCCCCAGAGCCAGGCUGUGCCAGCUGCUGGGGUCACAGAGCCGUGCUCUCCCUGUGCGGAGUGUGGACAGGGCCUUGACCAGGAGGAGCUUGGUGCACAGCAUGCGCGAGCCCACCCUGGUCCUCAGCCCUUGGCCUGUGCUCAGUGUCCCCAGAGCUUGGCACAGCAGGCCACCCUCACCAGCCGCCGGCCCGCGCACAGGACCCAGCGCACCUACACCUGUGCCCAGUGCGGCAAGAGCUUCGUGCACCAGUCCACGCUCACCACACACUACCGCACGCACACCGGCGAGAAGCCCUACGAGUGCGCCGAGUGCGCCAAGCGCUUCGGCCGCCUGUCCACGCUGCUGGAGCACCAGCGCACGCACACGGGCGAGAAGCCCUUCCCUUGCGCGCAGUGCGGCCGCCGCUUCGGCCGCCUGUCCACCCUGGUGGAGCACCGGCGCACGCACACGGGCGAGAAGCCCUUCCCCUGUGCCCAGUGCGACAAGCGCUUCACGCGCCUGGCCAACCUGACCGUGCACCAGAGCGUGCACGCGGGGGAGCGUGCCUUCCAGUGCGCCCAGUGCGGCACGCGCUUCACGCACAAGCCCAGCUUCCUGCGGCACCUGCGCGGCCACUCGCGAGAGAAGCGCUAUCCCUGUGGCCAGUGUGGCAAGAGCUUUACCUGUCGUUCCUGGCUGCUACGCCACCAGGGCAGCCAUGCCAGCCAGGCCACUCCUUCCUGUGUGGCUUGCGACAGGGGCUCCCCAAGCCCUGAGCCAUCCAGGAGCCUCCUCCAAGGUGCAGUAUGGGGGAGGCCCGCCUGCGACCCGGCAGCCGCAGCCGGGUCUGAGGGUGCCCUGACCGGGUGUGACCCCAGGGUGUGCCGGGGAGGCAGGCGACUGAGUGACAGGGGUCAGGAAGGUGUGGGGGUGUCCUCGUGCAGUUCGCUGUCUCCUGUGAAGAUGGAGAAUGCAGGGUAGCGCCCAGAGAUCUCUGACGGGGCCAGGGAGGGCUCAGGGGCCACUGGCGUCCUGGACUCCAAGCCGACCUUAUCUAAGGACACUUGGCUGGCUCAGGGCGUCCUGUGCAGGAUGCCGCCACUUCGCCAAGAAGGACAGGGCUCCCAGGGGCUGCAGGGCCGGCAGAGGGCCCAAGGGGCUUCUUGCUGCAGGGGUCGUGUGUGGAGGCAGGGCUGAGGUGGAGGGAGUCGUCCCAGUCGGGCCUCACUAGAGCUGGCCAGGGGGAGAGCUCGCUUGUGCCUUGUUCCAUAAGGAAGUGACUGGGGAAAUGGCGGUGAAUCAGUUCUUUGAAGGGGCGGAGGGCCUGCUUGCACCCUUUGCCAUACCCCCUGCUGCCCGCUGAUAACCAAGCAGAGUCCACUGUCCUUCCUGGGGGGGUGGGAGGCCCGGGGCAGUCCAGCCUCCCGUUUCAUAAACUCAGCCACGUGGCCCUCGGGCUCGAAUCCAAGAGCCGUGGAGUUGUCACGGGAUUCACAUGGGGGCUUUCUGUGACUCCCCACUGCCUCGGAGAGGCCUGGGCUGGCCGUGGCCCUGUGCUCGUCAGCAGUUAUCUCGGCUGCCGACCUAAGACACUGCCCGCUUGGCCUACAGUUUGCCUCUGAGCUGCUGGGGACAGGCAGAGGGGCCUUUCUGAAGGCCCAGGCUGUGCUGGCCACCGGGGACACAAAGCAAACCAAGGCCUGCUUCUGGGCUGGGGGCUGGGAGGGCUGUCCACUCUCAGUGGGAGGCACACAGGCCAGCAGACAGCGGGGCACGGGAGAUGUUGCAGAAGCACUCAAAGUUCAGGAGGACGGGAGGAGGGACUGGAGGUGGCCCGUCCAUGGCUGAAAAGCGCCUGGAGAUCCUGGUGGUGCCUGCCACCAUCUCGGCGACUUCAGCCAGCGGCGCACUGUUCAGGUGGGCCCUUGGUGGUGGCUGGCAGUUUGGGUUGCAGGCCGUGUUGAUAAAUGGAGUUCUUGCUCAGCUGGGGCCCCGACUCCCCCAGGACCCCUAGGAGCGCAGCGCCCUCGCUGUCGGAUAAUCCCCAUACCCUGUCCCAUGACCCUGAGUACUUGACAUGUACACUUGUGUGCUUCCAAGAAUUCUCGUCGCCUUGCGGAACACAGAAGCAGAAGUUCACAAGCCCCAGGAGCUGCGCGUGGGCCAGCGCGCGGCCAUGCACUGCCUCCCGGGCUCGCGCGUCUGCAUCGGGAGUUGGUUUCUACUGGAAGCUCUGUGACGUGCUGACAGCCUCUGUAAAUAAGGACGUGUUUAUGAGGAACCAUCAACCUCCUCCUCCCGCCGCUGACCUGCUGGCCAGUGUUCCUGUUCGUGUUGCAGGAACUCUGACUCCAGGUUCUCUCGGUUAGCGGCAAAUUACAGUUAUUUCCAACUGCGUUUCCAUUUUGAAGUAAAACAAACAAACAAACAA